AUGUCCUUUGGCAAGAAGGGUGUUUUUGUCUGCAGUCCACACAGGCUCAUACUUUUUCUCUCAUCACGUGCCUGGCUUGAGCCAGUGGGCUGCUCUGUAACAUGAUCACCAAGGCCAGCCUCCCCACCCACCCAAGUCACCACAGGGUUAGGCGCCAGCACAGCCACAGCGGCUGCCAAGGUAGGUGCUGACAGGGAAGAGAAAGCAGGCUUCAGCUGUGGCCGGGACCUUGGAGGAGCCGGGAAACAGCCCCCUGCGGAGGUGAACGGGAGCUGCUGCGGAGGAGAGCUGUUUGCCAAGAUGAAGGGAGAAGCUGGAAGUAAGCUACAUGAUGAGAAGCCUAAGCAGGAGGGACAUAUCUGGGGCUCCAUGAGGAAGACUGCUUUCAUCCUGGGCUCUGGCCUUCUCUUGCUUGUGGCCUUCUGGAACUCAGUCACAUGGCAUCUUCAGAGAUUUUGGGGUGCUUCUGGCCACUUCUGGCAAGCUGAGUGGGAGAGGUUGCUGUCUACAUUUGAAGGAAAGGAGUGGAUCCUUUUCAUAAUAGCUGCCACCCAGGUGCCCAGUUUGUGCUUCUGGGGCUUAAAUGGGCUUCUACUGGUGGUUGACACAACUGGGAAACCCAACUUCAUCGCCCGCUACCGAAUUCAGGUUGGCAAGAAUGAACCGGUGGACCCUGUGAAACUACGCCAGUCCAUCCGUACGGUUCUCUUCAACCAGUUCAUGAUCUCUCUCCCCAUCGUGGUCUUCCUCUAUCUCCUCCUCAAGUUGUGGGGAGACCCCUGCCGCCGAGAGCUGCCCACUUUCCACUGGUUCCUCCUGGAGCUGGCCAUCUUCACUCUGAUCGAGGAGGUCAUGUUCUACUACUCACACCGGCUCCUUCACCACCCAGCAUUCUAUAAGAAAAUCCAUAAGAAACACCACGAGUGGACAGCCCCCAUUGGCGUGAUCUCGCUCUACGCCCACCCUGUCGAGCACGUGGUCUCCAACAUGCUGCCGGUGAUAGUGGGUCCCAUAGUAAUGGGCUCCCACUUAUCCUCCAUCACCAUGUGGUUUUCCUUGGCCCUCGUCGUCACUUCCAUCUCCCACUGCGGCUACCACCUGCCCUUCCUGCCCUCACCUGAAUUCCAUGACUACCACCAUCUCAAGUUCAACCAGUGCUACGGGGUGCUGGGGGUGCUGGACCACCUCCACGGGACUGACACUUUGUUUAAGCAGACCAAGGCCUAUGAGAGACACAUCCUCCUGUUAGGCUUCACCCCACUCUCCGAGAGCAUCCCCGACCCCCCGAAGAUGGAGUGAGGGAGGGUGAAGAUGGAAUGAGGGAGGGUCGGAGUGCCAUCCUGGCUGUCCCCUCAGCAGGGGACUGCUAAGGUAGCCUGAGGCUUCCUGUCCGCUCUUAACGACUUGCUCCUUCAGCCACGCACUCUAAUGACAGCACCGCACUCUAAUGACAGCACCGAGGGCAGGGGGGAGGUUGGCUUCCAGGAAAUUCAGGGCCAAGGAUGGGGCCAGGGCUCCCCCAACUUUCCCUGUUGUCCCUCAAGGGGACCAUGAGUUGGCUUAAGGAAGAGGAAACAAACAGCUCCCCAGAAUGGAGACCAGAGGGAAGAAACCUCCUGGCAAGUCCCCAUGGUCCUCUGCUGUAAAAGGGAGGGGGGACCCCAGGUGACUCCUUGUGGAGGCAAGAUGUAGAGAAUGACAGAAGUGGCAGCGAGACUAGAGGUUACAUGGCUCCAGAGAGCUACUUCUGGUGCCGGGUGGGGGUUGGGGGAAGAGCAGAACACAUCACUUUACAAACCCCUCCUGCCCCAAAAGGCUUUUCUCACACCCUACACUCAGGCCAGGGCCUGGACACCUGGCUAAUAGUCAUGGGGGCCAAGUCCCCAUUGCCCACCCACCACAGAGAGAGACAAAGGCUCCAUUUGAAUUAGUAUGACCCACUGCAAACAUCGCCUCUCUGAAAAAACACCAAUUACAGGAGUUACUGCCUGGAUUACAACUGAGCUACCAAGGAAGUGCAGGCUUCCAUACACGGGAACCGAAGGCCAAACCCUGUGGGCCUGCUAAGCUGGGAGCCCUUUUAUCCAGAGGGAAGGGUCAGAGCUAUUGACCUUUGGGGACACUCAACUGAGGCCCCCAACUAGCCUCUCUGAAGCAAGACUAGAGGCUAGCACCCUCUUCCUCCUAUGAGAAGGCAAGGAAAACUUGGCAAAGGGCCAAAUCCUCAUUUCCCCCCAAAUGAUUAGUCACUUGUUUCAAUACCAUUUAUUCAGGAUGAUUUUAGCAAUGCUGCCUUUCCAAAUGAGAAACCUUACCUAAAAUAAAACCAGAGCUGCUAGGGUUGAAUCAGUCCCCACCCUGGCCUUCCCUCAGCAGCCACUGGCAUUGCCAGGAUCCCUGUGGCUCCUGAGGACAAUUUGAAGGCCACCGUCAUCAGUUACUAAAUUCUUUAUGUAUACUUGGGCCUAUUCCUGAACUUUCAGUUUUCUUAUGUCAUGAUAAGAAUCCACUGUAGUUUGAACAUAAUACUUUAACAUUUGAUAUUGCCAAGUCUCCAGGCAGAACCAUCAAAAAGGACUUCUUCCCAUUAGCCCUAGGACCGCAGAGGACCUGCCCAAUAGGCCGACUGGGAGCUUACCAGGCAGCGUCCUCCUUGGCCUUCCAAAGCCCCACCUUUGGUGUUGGUGGACCUGGCCCCUCCCUAGGACGGCCUGUGCCCUUAGCUUGAAGUACAAAUUCCAGUAUAUCGAUGCUCUAAGUUAUGACAGCUGCUGGCUUGCAUCCACAACCUGUUCCUACAAAUACAUUUGGACAAUAGCCCAUCUUCAGUACACUUAAGGGUAGAAAAUGAGGAGCUCAGAGAAAGAGGAGGAAUGACAACACUUUCCCUUUAAGGUCUUUAGAUGUUGAAGUUACUGCAGGGGACCUAGGGGAACAAGAGGCUGUCCGCUCACCUCUUCUAGGCUCACCUCUUCUAGCAGGCGGGUGGUGGGGCCCUGGCAGAGGGGCCCAGUCCUUCCCUCUUCUGCAUCAAACAGAAUUGUUCUGAGUUUGGUAAACAAAUAAGGCCUAGAAAAGGGUGAGGUCUCAAAUCCCCAGCCGAAAGAAAUGUGCAUGUCAAGGGAGGAAGCAUGGAAAAUAAAAUGGCCUCCUUUUAACUCCA